ACUCAAGCAAAGAUGUCCCUCCCUCCGCACGCACUACGCAAAUACGCCGACCUGAUAUUCACCGGGUCAAGGCUCCAAUGGUCACCCUUCUACCCCUCUGCCCCUUCCUCUCAAGUCCAAUGCGGAGACUACGGGUUUCUCUCCCCCGAAACAGGCGCUUUUAAGCGAGAAGGGAACAUCUACGACGAAGGGAUCGCAAGGCGGUGGGGGAUCAAGCAGCCCGAGGUCGUAGAGGGAGAAGUGGAGAAGGAGAGCUGGACGAUAAGCAAGAACGCGCGGGCACUUGCUUAUGGGAAGGACUGUCGUGUACCCGAUGCCCAGAUCCAGAAAUUCAAAAGGAAAGGGCACGUCUCGUUCCUCUCCGAUCGAGGAGCCGUCCUUGUCACCCUCGACUCUAGAACACUCUCAAUCCCCCAAAAGACGCAGCUCAAAUCUCUUCUCUCCGAGCCUGGGUUACAGGGAAAGCACCUCGUCUCCGAAGUCGUACAGUGCUCCAAGUACGCGCGAUAUAUGAGCGGCCCUGCCGGAGGGGACUUGUGCUUGGGUUAUGACGGCACGUCCUGGCACGCCCGAGGUUUGAAAGAGGGGGACAGCUUCACCUCGGGCACCUCUCCCAAUCCGAAGUUCAGCGCUCUUUUCCGUCUCUUGGUCGUCCAAGAUCGAGGGCCGAUCCUGCUCCUGAGGGAUUCACCGGAACCGGAAGAUCCAACGGGGUUGCUAGCCCCCCUCUAUCCGGCUUGGGGAGUGCUGGAUGAACAAGGGGAGGUGAUACAGGGCUGGGGAUGGGAGGAAGAGGGGGACCUGAUGCGGGAGGUAGGGGAUUGGGAAGGGCUGGGGCUGGAGUUGGGAAAGGGGUGGGGAAGCGUGCCUGUUAGCCCUCCCGCGAGCGUUUGAUCCGCUGAGAGGGUGUCUGCCGCAUUCAAGAGGAUCACCGAACCUCUUGAAUGCGUUGACCCUCUCUCGUUCUGUCGCUGCCCUCCCUUUCGACCAUCCCUGUCCUCCCUAUAUGUGUCCCUCAACCUCGCACCGGCGCUCGCG